ACCCGAUGGACCGCUAUGGAAAUCCCCUUGGGCUUGCGUCGACAAAAUCCUUGACUCCAGCUCAGGCCUGACUUAUAAGUUAUUUAUACCCACCAUGGCGGCCUCGAACCACGCCCGGGCCGCCGAAGGUCAUGUCUCGGGGCAGUCAAACGAGCCACUCUCUCUGCCUGCACACUGCUUAUCAUCAGCACGGGUUGGCCAGGAACUGAAGACCGAGAUCAGACUAGGUCUAAGUUCCUCCGAGGCCGCUGCUCGCUUCGACAGAUACGGUGCCAACGAUCUCGGCAAGGAAAAAGGGGUUCAACCCCUUGAGAUCCUUGCGGCCCAGGUUCUCAAUGCCAUGACCUUGAUCCUCGUUCUGGCGCUUGCCGCGUGUUUCGGCAUUCAGUCGUGGGUGGAGGGAGGCGUGCUGGCCGGCCUGAUUCUCAUCAACGUCGUUAUUGGCUUCCUCCAAGAUCUCCAGGCGGCGAGGACGAUCGCUUCGCUCAAAUCGCUAAACGCUGCCACGGCCCGGGUCGUCCGAGACGAUGGACUCAUCUCCACCAUCGACGCAACCAAACUAGUGCCGGGUGAUAUCAUCGAACUCAAGGUGGGCGACAGUAUCCCGGCCGACGGGCGUCUUAUCGAGGCUGUCAACCUCGAAGUCGACGAGGCCCUUCUCACAGGUGAGAGUCUCCCGGCUCGCAAGUAUCCGGACGAAAUCUUCGACGGAGACACCGGGCCCGGGGAUCGCUUGAAUGUUGUAUUCUCCUCCAGCAUCAUUACCAAAGGCCGUGGGCGCGCCAUCGUCUUUGCCACCGGGCCUUUGUCCGAGAUAGGCGCCAUUGCCGCUGCACUCGGCGAUGAGGGAGGCAAAAAGCGCAAGCUUGUGCGUGAUGAAAACGGCAACGCAUCCAUCGCAUGCUACAUGUCCUUUGCAGCUGGGAAGACGUGGGACUGGCUCGGGAAAUUCCUUGGGUUGACAGUGGGAACGCCGCUGCAACGAAAGCUGUCCCAACUCUUCUACUACAUCUUCGGGUUUGCCGUCGUCUGCGCCAUCAUUGUGCUCGCGGCGAACAAGUUCCGAGCUCGAAACGAUGUCAUCAUCUACGCGGUCGCCACCGCACUCGGCACACUUCCUGUCACCUUGAUCCUGGUGUUGACCAUUACCAUGGCAGCAGGGACUAAGGUGAUGGUACAACGAAACGUUGUUGUCCGCAAUAUGCGGUCGCUCGAGGCCCUCGGGGGGGUGACCAACAUCUGUUCGGACAAGACAGGCACUCUCACCCAAGGAAAGAUGGUGGCACGGAUGGCGUGGAUCCCCGGUCUUGGGACAUAUGCAGUCGGUCCAAGCAAUGACCCGUACGACCCCGAGGCCGGCACCGUGAGGUUCGUUCGGUCAGAACCACGCGAGAUGCGCAACGAAGAUAGCGCACCGCCAAUCACACCCACAAACGAGACGCGCGCCUCCCUACACCAGUACUUAGACAUUGCCUCUCUCGCUAACCUAGCUACCGUCAAGCGAGUUGAGAACGAGGGCUCAACGUUAUGGCAAGCCAACGGCGACGCGACCGAGGUUGCCAUGCAGGUGUUCGCGACGCGAUUUGGGCGGCCUGGCCACGGAGCAGGUGCCUCGGAAUCCUGGGCCCAGUUGGCCGAGUUCCCCUUUGACUCCUCGGUAAAGAAAAUGUCCGUUCUCUGCCAGGACGCCAUUACCGGACAAGUGCGCAUCUUCACCAAGGGAGCCGUGGAGCGCGUACUCGCCACCUGCUCGUCCAUCUCAAUAUCAUCCGGCGGCGGCGACAACGACGGCGACAGCACCAUGCAGCUGACAUCCGAGAUCCAAAAUACCAUCUUGCAAAAUAUGGAAGCGCUUGCCCGCCGCGGCCUUCGCGUACUAGCGCUGGCUAGCAACUCAACGGACGGCAAGAUCCAGCCUGUCUCACCCGACGACGCCCGCCGAGGCCUCCUGAAGCGCGAAGAUUAUGAGACCGGCCUUACCUUCCGCGGUCUGAUUGGCAUCUACGACCCGCCCCGUCCCGAGUCCAGGCCGAGCGUCUUCAAAUGCCACCAAGCAAGCAUUGGCGUGCACAUGCUGACAGGUGACCACCCCGAAACGGCGCGCGCCAUUGCAAUCGAGGUGGGCAUCCUGCCUGCGAGGAUGGACAUGGUCAGAGCGGAUCUCGCCGAGCAGAUGGUCAUGACUGCCCACGACUUCGACCGACUGACCGACGACGAGCUUGAUGCCCUCGCCGAGCUCCCGCUCGUGGUGGCGCGAUGCGCACCGAGCACCAAGGUCAGGAUGAUCGACGCCCUCCACCGUCGCGGCAAGUACGUUGCCAUGACGGGAGACGGCGUGAACGAUAGCCCCAGCCUAAAGCGAGCGGACGUGGGUAUCGCCAUGGGCCUGGGGGGCAGUGAUGUGGCCAAGUCGGCGUCAGACAUUGUCCUGAGUGACGACAACUUCGCCAGUAUUCUCAACGCGGUCGAGGAGGGCCGACGCAUCUUUGACAAUGUGCAGAAGUUCAUGCUCCAUGUGCUAUCCGCCAAUGUCGCCUUCGUUACUACCCUGCUGGUUGGGCUGGCAUACAAGGAUGCCGGCGGAAUAUCCAUCUUUCAGAUUACCCCCAUCGAGAUCUUGUUCAUGCUACUCGUUGCCGGUGCCUUCACCGAAACCGGCUUGGGUUUCGAAUCCGCCAGCAAGCAUAUUCUGCUCAGGCCGCCGCAGAGUCUCAAGUAUGGCGUUUUCACCCCCGAAUUCCUGUCGGAUAUUGCGGCAUACGGUAUUAUCAUGGCCGUUUGCCUGCUGUCUUCAUUCAUAGUCGUCCUCUUCGGCUUCUACGACGGCGAGUUUGGGCGCGACUGUAACCUGGGGUACUCCCCCUCAUGUCUCGGCGUCUUCAAAGCCCGAUCGACCUGCUACACAGCGAUGAUGUGGAUGUUUUUAUUCUUCGCCUGGGAGCUCGUCGACAGCCGGCUAUCGUUUUUCGAUGGUGCCGUCCGCGAUACCAAGGCCUGGGCCAACCGACUCUGGAAUAACACGUUUCUGUUCUGGUCGGUGGUGGUCGGCUUCUUCGGCGUGUUCCCCACGCUGUAUAUCCCCGUGCUGAACCGGGACGUGUUUCUCCACGAGGGCAUCGGUAAAGAAUGGGGGAUUGUGUUUGCCGUAACCAUUCUGUUCUUUCUUGGAGCAGAGUCGUGGAAAUGGGCUAAACGUGUCUAUUUUAGGCGCAGAAAACGUCAUGGAGAAGAAGGGGGCUGCCAUGACCGAGGAGGAUUUAGAAAAGAGAGCGUUUGAGAGGUUUUACGCUUCUGAUACCGACAUGUCUGUUGAGAAGUAGCGGCUGCCGUGUCUAUUUGGGCUAGAAAGAAAUUAGAUAUGCGGCGAGGAGCCGCGGGCUUGGUCUCGAUUGAACCUCAGCUUGGGGCCGAGAAGCUCAGAAUGACAGGCAACAGAAAGCUUUGACAUGAAAUAUGGUUCCCAUCUAU